ACAUUUUUUUUCCUCAAAAGAGGCUUAUUCGCUUGUUUCUGACUGUAAUUGUUUCCUGCUGCGAGGAGCAGCAGGCUAGUGGAACUGUGACUGAUGGUGAUUGUAGAGAAAAUAAGGGAAGAAGUGUGUAGACUGUGGUCGUGAUAGUCUGUAGUUCUGUCGUUCAACGUUGACUAUCUACAGUAGAGGCCAGGCUGCUGGACUGUUAGCUACGGUUUGUUUUGGUUUUACAGACUCGAUCCAUGUGUCGUAUGGAUUCCCCCGCCCUGCCAACUGAUUCUUCAGCUUAUAUACUGACAGACACACUCAUGACAAGACACAAGAAAUACACACAGUUCAUAUGUUCGCACACACAACCCCACAACAUGCGCCUUCUCUCCACAACCCAGUUCCUAUUUAGAGAACAGUGACCUUACCGAGCUCGAGGUGCGAUCAACCAUACAUGUAAAAUAGCUCUCUGGUGCGUUUUGAUGACAGUUUUUACCCUUUUUCUGUGGAUUAUCAUCGUACUUCAAACUAUCUCAAGAGAUCUCCUAAGAUGACUAAUGUGAAAAAAAAAAUUGGAUUACAAGUUUUUUAGCGAAGCAUCUGAAGGGUUGAACGCACCUCCAGUUCCUGUUUGAAUGUAGAGCAGCUCCACAUUGCUACUUUGUAUCCUCGCUAACGUUCUGGAAAUAUCAGCUUGCCGAUUUCGAAAUGGAAACAAAAAAAAACUGUUUUGUAACAUUUUUAUGAUUGAAAUUGCAUUGUUAUUGUUAUUAUUUCCUGUACUGUUUUGAAUUGUAAAUAAGAAAUAUUAAUAUUUAAAACGUUUGACAUGUUUCUUUUUUUUUUAUAAAAUAUACAAUAUAUAAAUAUUUGUUUAGCUGAAUUUAAAAAAGGAACAAAAACUAAAGUUUUAUGUAUAACAUUUAAAUAAAAUUUGGUUAAUGUCCAAAAUGUAUGCUUAUACUUCAGUCAUUUUCCACUUCAUCCACUGUCCUGAUGUCCUGUCAGUGAUGUAACAUUCACGUGUCUUCUAUUGCACCUUAGCAGAUCACUCUUCCUCUCACUGUACUGCUCAUAUUCCUCUGUAUGUUGAUCACAUUAAUCAAGGUUUGAAUGGGAUAACAUAGCUUUCUAAAAUUAAAUUGUGCAGCUGUGCGCAGCAGCCCCUCAUAUCCUGUCUAUUGAAUGAGCCUGAGAGCAGAAGACAGCUAAUUAUAGAUAAUUGUGAGGUCCUUGACCUGCACAAUAGAUUGAAAUGUGUGCAAUAGAAAUGUGUAGUGAGCUAACUGAAACAAAGAAGAAAAUCUACAUUUUUGCCUUGGUCCAUGGUGCACAAGAUAAUAGGCAGCGGCUGUAUACAUUUUUGAAAUCCAUCAUCACUUAAUACCAACGAUAUUGUUUCCAAUUUGAACAGACACAGUAAUGUAGACUUAAUAAUCAGACAACCGCUUAGUAGAGGUUGAACCACCAUUUGUCAUGCGUGAAACUACAGUACAUCUUCAACUUUCAUAUCCUUAUUCUUGAGUUGUAUUUGUAUUGUCUGCUUUUACAUGCCAAAGAUGAAAAGGCUCUGCUUCAUCAAAUCAUCCAGAUAAAAGAGAUGAGGGUUGUUUUUGACCACAAGAAAUACAUUUAGGUCAACCUGUCAUGUCAUCUCCGUCGAUCGUCACAGGGCCCGCGCUGCUAUGUUUACACCUAGAAAUGUGUGGCACAUUGGCUUGUAGGUUCAAAUCAAAUGUACUAAACUACUGGUGCCGUUCAGUAAUCCUGCUCUAAAUAAAUGGACAGACUCCACAGGCAACACUUUUGUGUUUUGGAUCAUUGAUUUCUUUUUCAAAGUCAGAGGGGUUAGAACAAAGUCAGUGGCCAAAAUGAAUCCAAAUCUCAGCAGCUUGCAUUUGAUCUGACAGAGCCAUGGAGCCUCUCACCAUCCCUGCUAUGUGCCUGUGUGUUGUUUUGGUCUAUCAACUUUCAGACUGUCUCCAUUGUGUUUACCCUGGAGUUGUUUUUUCAUUUGUGCUUCACAUGCUCAUUGUCAACUCUGUAUUUCACUUUAACCAUAAUUGACAUCCCAAACAUACUAUUUUACCAGUGUGUUGGGACACCAUCUGGAAAUAGGAAUGAGUAAAGAGAAUGAUUUAGUUUUAAUUGAUAGCAGGGAGAAAAUGUUUGAAUUGUCUGUGCUUUUCAUUACCCUUAACUACUUAAAGAGAGAACACAGGAUGGGGAAGAACAACGGCUCCAUAACAAUACUAAAAUGACCCUUGGUGUAGUUUUGUGUUGGAGCUUUGUCAGCAAUAUUGCUGUUCAUGGUCUGUUUGCCUUUCUGUAACUGCACAGGGUAACAUCAGUGGGUCCAAGGUAAAGCAACGUGUUAUUGUGAUAUAUGAGGUUUUAUUGAAAGGAAAUGACUGACAUUGAGCAGUUUUCCAUGGGAUCUGGUAUCACUUUUUUCCAAUAGUGGUAUAAUUACUGACCAUAGAGAGAGAGCAGCAGAGUGGUUGUUUAUUUAUUGAUGCUAAGCAUGCUAAGGUUAAGCCUGCUAAGGUUGGUGCACUGUGCAUGAAAAGCACCUGAACAUACAGCUGGUGCUAAAAGACAGCAUGCGGUCCUCCAUCUCUCUCACUUGUCUGUUUUUGUCUCUGCCUGACAAGACGGCUGACACAUUCAUACGUCUGUCUCUUUACUCGCGCUUUGUGGUCGCACACCUGAGGUGCAGCAGAUUGAGUUUCACUGACCUCCUGCCUCUUCUUCACAAACUCCUUUCCUUCGAGCCGAUCGGCAUUUCUCCUCUCCUCUGUCUCAUCUCUCUCACCUCCCUCCCUCUCUGCAGCCUAUUUUGUGAACCAGAAAGAGGGGCCGAUUGGGUUUCUCUCCGCUGCAGACCGGCCUGUCUCCCUCCCAGUGGCCUAGACUCUGGUGGGGUCAGGUUGCUCUGAGCCAGCAACAUUCAGUCUAGGUCACAGACAACAAAAUGCUUUAUACCUGGUAGCCAAAACUUUUUUUAUAUUAUUUUAAAGUAUGUGUACUUCUUUCUAUGCUGGAGUCAGGUGCUUAGAGACUGUCUGGUCUAUUUAUAAUGGGUUAGAACCUGUGGCCACAUGAGCUCCCCUGCAGCACUUGCCCAUAGUUCUAGAUGUGUGGAGGCCCCAAUGAGUGUAAUUAUCUGUAUUUCUUUUUCUUUGUGUGCGGUCUGACUGUGUUUGAGGUCUGUUGCAGUGAUUCCUCCUCUUAUUGUUUAUCAAUGCAUAUUUAUGAGACUGAAGACCACAUGUUUAGUAAGCUUAAAUUAGAGGCCAACCCUCCCACAUGUCUCAUCCAUUUCUUCUAAGUAAAAUGAAAGAAACAUCUUUGUGCAUUAAUUCCCAAUUGUGCAUUUAAAAGACACAAAUCCAGUCUAAUAAUGUAUUUUUGAUCAAUUUGAUCUUUCUUUUCUUAUGCAAAUUAUCUUACACAUCACUAUCAGAACAGAAGAAAAUUCUGAUACUUUCUCAGUUUCUUGCCUAGAUUUAUCUUUGCUGACAGAUGUAAUUAAUAUUUUAGAGGGAGGAUCUUGUAAUCCCAACAGAGACAUGGGCAUUACAAGAGGAAGAGCGAGGUGCCAAAAAGCACUAAAACAAAUCUGAUCCUCCCCAUCUUCUCUUGGGCUAAAACAUGAAGUUGCUACACAUGCUGUAGGACCAAGAAGUUGUCAUAAACUUGAGCUAUUCCAGAGAUUCUGUAUGUUUAGUAGGUCUCCCGCCAUUCAAGCUCUAGUGCUGUGCACAUCUCAUUUCCGACCCCUGCUUGGUUUUCCUGUAACUGGACGCCGGGGCUGAUUAAUAAAACAUCCGUGGUGUGCCGCUGGCUGAUCACCGGAGCCCUUUCAGCUGUAUAAGUGGUGAAAGGCGACAUAAUCUCCCCAGAACAAGAUCUGGACUGAGAUUGAGGCACACAGCGGGAGGACCACAACAACUUUUUUUGGGAGCAGCAUGUUAAAACCCCAACAGCACGGGGAGCUUCUCCUGCACGAGCCGCCGGUUUUUGGGAAGCCGUGGUACUGGCAGCGCAGCAGCAGCGCCAUGGCGAGCAGCCGCAGCCUGGCGCACGUCAUCCUGGAGAUGCGCGACGAAAUCAAGAAGCUGGAGGCGGAGAACCGAGAGCUGCGGGGAGACGACGGUCAUCGUUCAUUUAAGGCCAUGCGUGGAGAGGCCAGCCCGGUGUUUUCAGCAACAGAGCAGCGGGCGGGAAUGGAGGAAAACCCGUAUGUAACCCUGAGGCGAAAUGCGUCUUUGCCAGUCCUGGAGAGACCACAUAAAGAGAACAGUGUCAUGACUGUACGAAGGUACUCCAUAAGCUCCAAAUUGUCUGGUGUGACCAUGACAGAGGGAAGGACUGACAGGGCACAGCCGAGUGAGUCUGGAUGGAGAAGAUUACAGGAAGAGAUCCAGCACGAGAAUGGCAUCUUUGGUAACUCAGUCAGAGGAGAAGUAGGACAAGUUACCAACAGGCACUCCCUGCAAGAAUAUGUACACAAAAACAGGGCCAAGGUAAAAACUGUCACAUUCCUUCUACCUGUGGAUGAUAUCUACACCAACCGGCCAGCUCUGACCAAACACCAGGAGGAGCCUAAAGUCACUGAGCUGGCUUCCAUCACAGAAACAGAAUCCUGAGAGAAGCGGCACUUUUAAAGAUUUAGGAUGUGGCCGUGAUGAGACAAAAAUGCACACAUGAACCAAGCCUCAAAACAGGUUAGCCUCUUCAUUUAGGUCCGUGUUGAUUGGGCUCUUAAUGAGUGAGCCAGCGGACCGAUUUUAUCACACCUGACCACACAAACAGAAGAAUCUGGUUACCGGUGUUGUUUUCAUCCGGCCAUCGCAACCCAGGCCCGGUUAACAGUGACACGGGGCCCUCUGCAGCGAGGAUCAGAUGUCUGGACUCCUCUCCCAACCUGGGGUGUUGUUUCAGAGAAGGACACACACCUGCAGGUGACGGCCCUUUUAAGUGUAGUUGUGGUCACUAACUCAAGCCUCGUGAGCAAUAUCCGACUCAAUAGUUAAUCAUCUUUGUUUCUUUUCACCAUGUAAACUAAAGUGGGUAGUCAAGGGGCCACAUGUGCGUUUCUAUGUGUUCCUAAAGAGUGUGUACAGUACACAUCACACACUGUAGUGUCAGCCUUCGUGAAUGGAAUGCUCCCUGUAAAUGUACCAGUGUUUGGCAUAUUAAUAUAAAUAUAUAUAUAUAUUUUUUAAAGAUUAUUUUUUGGGCAUUUUAGGCCUUUAAUUGACAGGACAGAUUAAGAUAUGAAAGGGGAGAGAAAGGGGGAGUGACAUGCAGCAAAGGGCCGCAAGCCGGACUCGAACCCCGGCCCGCUGCGUCGAGGAGUAAACCUCUAUAUAUGGGCACCCGCUCUACCAACUGAGCUAUCUGGGUGCCCAAAUAUAAAAAAUUUAAGUAAGGCCCCUUUAACAGUCAUUAUAAGCUAUUACAUGUGAUAUAUGCAGUGUUAUGAAUUAUUUUUGGCAAAGUUUAAGAAGCUCAUUUAUUGUAACCAUUAAAUCUCAAAAUAAAUAUAUUUGAGUAUUGACGUAUAAGAACGGAUAUACACCAUCAUUUUGUGUUGUGCAAACACAUUUAACUGGACAGGACACAGUCUACUUAAAAUUAACUUAAAAAUACUACUUUUUACAAUUAGUGCAGUUUACCUCUAGUUGGAUAUACUGCAGGUUUUGCUGGUUUGAAAAUGAGAAGUCAUGAACUAAAUGUUUUUACCUUCUGUGCCGAUAGGAUUGAUGGAGAGUCAAUCACUGACAGAGAAAAUGCAUUUAUUAUUUAGUAUGCCAGACAGAUACACGGGCUACAAGCAAAGCAUUUACUGUCAACUUUAAUGUAAUAUUUGAUCUGCUACAUCCAUAGCAUCACACAUUUACUCAAGGGAAACAAGGAUCAAUGCAGAGAAUCUAUCUAGCUGAUGUAAUGGCUUCAUAGUGAGAAUGAUAACAUUUACACCAAAGCUUUGUUGGCAAUGGCUGGUGUUCAAUAGCACUUUGGCUGAUGAAUCAUAUAUAGUCAUGUAGCUGUUCCGCAAGUAAUUUACAGCUCCCAGGACCACACAGAACUUGGUGUGAGUGUGUGUGCCUUGGUUGUUGGUUUCCAAUUCACUGGUAAUCAGCUGUUCCUCCGUGUCCACAAGGCUGUCACUCUGUAAGCCAUCCAUAUUUGAAUUUACUUCUGUUUGGCCAAAUUCAGCCCUCUUUUAACCGGUCUUGAUCUCCAUCCUCUGAUCAUCAGUGUGCAGGUUCCGUAGCUCUCUGAGUCCCGGAGCUUGAUGGCUGGGCAGAUCUGGGGUUCACACAUAUGGGAAGACUUGGGGGUUCACUCAGGCUGUCUCCAUAUUUCAUGGGAAUCAAGCAAAGGCCAUCCUUACUCUGCCUCUGAAAAGCUAAGACAGAGGAACAAAGUGAGUGAAAGAGGGAAAGAGAUUGAUGUAAAGCUGAUGAAGACAGCAGCAGGGCAUUAAAAAGGAAACAGUUUGACAAUUUAAAGUCCUUAUUCCCAAAUUUAAAGGACACAGACUAAAUCACUAGAUGUUGAAUUAGAGGAACGUGCCAGACAUCAAACAGACCUGUCCUGUGGAGACUUGUAGUUCAUUUGGCUGUCCAUCCCAGUAUCCAGGUCUGAGAGACCCAUUAUCUGCUGCUCGCUGACUCCCAUGUUCCUUUCAAGAAAGAAAGUGAUCAUUCUGCCCUUCCCCCUCACCUUGUUCUCUCCUUGCUUCUGGAUAACAAAGCUUUUAUAUUCCAAAAUCCUAGGAAAUGUGGACAUCAGAAAUAUUCUCCAAACUGCCUUAAGACAAACUCUGGCUUCACGCCUGCCAACAACAAACUACCAAAGCAAGAAAAAAUAUGACAAGCAAAUUGAGAAUUGAGUUAUUUAUUUAAAAAAUGACCAAGUUUGCUAAUUUUCAAUAUUAAAACAAAACAUCAAC